UGAGUUGAUGUAAAAUGAAAAAUAGCUCAUAAGCAAAUCUAAUGCAGAAAAAUAAAAAGGUAUUUCGCAAAAGAYGCAUUAGGAAAGUCGUUUCAGCAGCACAAAUUUAAUAAAGAAAAAUUUUGAAAGGCGAAAAAGGUUGAAAUACAAACGUUGGAGUUGYGAAAACAGACGUGUAGAAAUUAAAGCGACAGCUACGCACUUAAAGGCAAAAAGUGAGACUGCAAUACACUCAAUUAGUGCUGAGUUUGAUCCUAGUCAUGAACCGCUGUGUCUUACCAGCAUGGGAUCAGUUACCCUUUGUCGUGUUGGGUAAAAUAUAUAACUACCUGGAACCACAAGAUCGAUUAAACGCGUCACAAACGUGCCGUCUCUGGCGUGGGGUGCUUUUCCAAAAGAGAUUUUUUAACAACUUUAAGUUCACAUUACAAAUAAACAAUGAACGGCAAUACACGUUUUUUCGGCAAACCCUUUGUAAUUUGGCAACUGAAGUUACCAUUAAUUUUGACUUUAUGAAUGUUUUUCAUAUCGAGAAAGUAAGAAAAAUCUUAUACAGGAUCGCACGUUGUAAUAAUCUGCGAGGUCUACAUUUCUCCACAAGUAAUAUGGGCAUUAUCGCCCCUGGUAUUAAAAAUAAGGAAAAACUUAUCGAUAUUGAACAAUGUUUCAUAGAGCCUCUGAAAAUGUUUUUAAAUCGUAAAAAUUAUCCUUGUAAAAUAYUGGACUUAGGUGCGAUUGAAGCUUUAACCUACUAUGGCUUUGAAAUACUAAAAUCCUUAGGCAAACCCGACGCAUUGCUCCAGUUAACUCUGGCUUCAAUUAAGUUCGACUCCUGUAAUUAUGCCAUACCUACCAUUGAGCCUUCGUUGUUACAAAAAUGUUCUUCACUGCAGGCUUUAUCGCUUGACUACGACUGUUUAAACGAGAAUCUAUUGCAUGCCAUGGAAAUACUUCCAUUGAAAAAGCUCUUAGUCUGUGUUCACAAUGUAAAUCGUCAACAUCCUGGUAUAUCCAAUAAAUCUUGGGCUCGAUUCGGAGCUGCUUUUCCUAAUAUCGACUUAAUUGUGUCAUUGGUAUAUGCAUUUGAAGCGGUUGAAGUGCUGCAAGUACGCAUACUGCGUCGUAGUAUGCCUAUAACACAUUUGCGCGUGCUAUUUUGUGACAUUAUGAACGCAGAGGCCUUAGAUUGGAUGUCUAUCAAUAAUAGCAGCACCCUUAAGAGUAUACAGUGGAUAGAUUCAGCAUACAAACAUUCCAAUAAAAAUGUGAUGGACUUGUUUAUACGAUCUGGUCAAGAUCCCUUCGUUAUGAUGGCUUGGCGUUGCAAAAAUUUGGAGGAAAUCGUAAUACAUGGCUAUGUAAUWGAUCCUCAUAAUAUCGUUGGCAUGUCACGUCUGCGCGGCAAAUCCCUUAAGCGCCUAGAAAUUUCAAUGAUUGACCAAACUCCAACAGAAGCAAGCAUGGACUCGUUCAUAGAUGAAAUUAAUACAUUGCUUGGCCACAAAUGGGAACCCAUACCCCCAAAUAAAUUACAUCCAGCACUCGGUUACAUAAAACACUUUGGUUGGUUUUUCGCUAAUAUAAAAAUAAAUGGUGCUAAUAAAGCUAUAGAGAAUAAGCAGCCGUCUGCGCCUCAGCCACAACCAAUUGAAGUUGUAGACCCAAAAAUUGCAGAAACUAAACCGGCGCCUGCUCCAAAACCAGCGCAACCGGCACCAAAACCCGUUGUCGCGCCCACACCAGCACCAAGUCCACCGAAGCCAAUUGAAAAACUGGCGCCAGCAACACCUCCAACGACGCCAACAACAAGUCCAUCCAUAAAACCAACUCCAUUUUGUUUUAGCCGGCUCUGGACAUUCUCUUAG